AGGUGUGGCUUUUACUGAAACCUGACUUCCUACGAGAUCGGUUACAGACGGCUGCAGAGUUAAUAAGACAAGAACUCUUUGAACAUGGCAGAUUCAGAUAUCACCCCGAUGCCGGUCUCCAAAUGCCACAGCUGCGAAGAGUUCUCUACCAUGAAAUUAACAGAGGAAAAGAAAGAUUUAACGAUCUGUAAAAGUAAUUCUGUUCCGCAGAUAGAAGCACUGAGCCAGUCUGCAAAAGAACCCGGGGUGGAUCCUGAAAAAAGUAAUUUAUCUGCAGAAGGAAAGCCCAUGGAAAAGGAUAUCCAGGAAGACCCCAGUGACGACCCCGAUAAAGUCCUGUGUGAUUUCUGCCUGGAGCAGAAGGUGGCGGCCACAAAGACCUGCUUGACGUGUAUGAUUAGUUACUGUGAAAUGCACCUGAAACCGCAUUUAACAAAUGUAAAAUUACACACACACCAAAUCGUGGAUCCGGUUAACGACACCAACCUGAGAACAUGUAGCAUUCACCAAAAACCCUUGGAUUGGUUCUGCCAAGAAGACUUAAUUUGCGUGUGUGAGGAUUGUGCGGAAGGCAAGCACAGCGCCCAUACAAAGAUCUCCUGCGCAGAGGCUAAGAAAGACAUAGAAGUUGAGGUUCAGCAACUAGUGGCUGAGUAUGAUUGGAAACGGACAUCGGCUGAGCACGCCAUCAUUAAAUUGGAGACCAACACUAAAUCGAUACAGAAUUCUGUUACUGAAGCCAGGAAAGCCAUAAACGUGCAGUUUGAUGAGCUACAAGAUGCCGUGAAGUCGGCCCGUUCUAAAGUACUGGAUUUCCUAGAACAAAGAGAGAAAGCUUCUCUGAACCAGGCGGAUGGGAUAAAAACUUACCUGGAGCAGAAAUGCAACGAGCUGAAAAAGAGUAAAGCCAAAGUGGAGGGGAUCGCAAGUCGCAGGAAUGCGUCCAAUUUCCUUCAGGAGUAUUGUGAAUUUAAGAAGACAAAAGCAGACGACACACUUCCCAGUGUUUAUAUUGGGCUGAAGGACAAGUUGUCCGGAAUCCAAAAGGUUGUAGCAGAGUCCACUGAGAAAAUUAUCCAAACACUACAGACGUCAUACACAGAAAGUCUCCAAGACUUUGCCAAGGAAGAGAAUCUGGGGAUAAAAACAAUGGUGUCUGCCAUAGUCCCUCCAAACCACCGAAUAGGUGCACCAGAGCCCACAACAAGGAACGAUUUCUUGAAAUAUAAAUCGAACGUCACUUUGGAUCCAGACACUGCUCACCGUUUUCUAAGGCUGCAACAAGACAAUCGCAAAGUUACUAACAGCGCCCCCUGGCAACAUCCUUACCCAGACCACCCAGAAAGGUUUGAGCACUUCAGACAGGUUCUGAGUGAGGAGAGCUUUUACCUUGGUCGCCAUUAUUUCGAGGUACAAUUUAAAGGUGAAGUUAUCCACGUUGGAGUGACGUACAAAUGUAUCGACAGGAAAGGUGCGGAGAGCAAUAGCAGUAUUACUGGAAACGAUUUCUCGUGGACCUUGAAAUGGAACGGGAAGGAAUUCUCAGUUUGGCAUAGCGAUGUCGAAACACCUCUAAAAUCUGAGAAAACUUCCAGGGUCGGUGUCUAUGUGAACUACCAAAGUGGCACUGUAGCUUUCUAUGGUGUCACCAGCACCAUGACACGACUCCACCAGUUUGAAGCAAAAUUUGCAGAACCUCUCUAUGCUGCUAUCUGGCUUCCUAAAAAAGAAAAUUCAGUGACCAUUAUUUCUCCCGAUGAAAUGCUUUUGCCCGUGGUCACUUCUCCAUCACCUGUUGAAACAAAGACAGAGCCAAUCUAUUCAGAGAGCACAUCGACUGUGAGCAGUAGAACAGAGGUCUUAGUCAACGGAACUAUCCAAACCGUUACCGUUGAGACCAGCAGUGUUAAAAAGUCCAUUGACUGCACAAUAUCAGAAUCUUCUCUCCUUACUACAAUAACAUCACCAGAUCCUAUCGCUGAACUGGCAGCCGCAAAGCUAACUACAGUUUAAUUCACUUCAACUCAAUUAAAUGGUCUGUUAUUGUUUUGUUUUUUUCAAAGCUAUAGUGUUACAGGAAAAUAUUCCUUAGUCUAGUGUGAAAAGAACUCUUAUUGGACAUGUUGCAUUGUCGGAGUGCAUGUUUUGCAAUUAGUGAUGUUUUGUCUUCUUCGUUCUAGAGCACAUUUCUUCAUUGUACAACUAACGAGCCAUGUGCUGCUCUCUGAACCUUCAUUGACAGCUUACAGUUGGCUUCUUUUGGUACCUAAUGCAUGCACACCAAAUGUACAGCACCGUGCCCUCCAACUCUCAGGAGCAAGACCUGCUGCCC